GGUAGAAAAUAUGCGUUUGUGCACAAAAUGCAAAAUAUGAGAUUAUAAGAAUAUAAGAAUCUAGAUGAGCAGGAACGAGACAAGCAGUGAUGAUUCUGCAGAGUUCAGGACGACUCUAAGGAAGCCCAGCAGGGUCAGUCCCGCUCCAUGUCUGCUGCUGCAGGUAACACCUAAUAAAAACCCUGCUCCUGACUGAUACCUUUCCAGAAUGAGAUCAGUUCGGGUUCUUUCAGUGAAAGAUGUCAUCGAAGUUUGAAUUGAAAAUGUUUCCUUGAAUAUUGAAGAAAUGAUUAUAAAAUGAAUCGGCGGUGUUCGUGUCCUCCGCAGGUGUUUCAUGUGGAGCUGACUGCGCGCGCAGGGCUUUUGCUCGGCGGAUGAGCAGAAACCUGAGCGAAGCUUCUGUCACUUAAGCUCCGAGGAGCUUUUAGGCUUAAAGCGUUAAAGCAGCAGCGCCAUGUCUGCGGCGGCGCAGCGGGGCGGAAUCUGCGGAAUGAUCCUCCAUCAGGAGCUGCUUCCUGCCGGGCUGGGCGCAGUCCGUCCCCUGCUCAGGUUUCAGAAAAAGCCAGAUAAAUACGUGCGGGAGCUUUUACGCACGGUGCGUCUCCAUCAUGACGUCGCCAUGAGCUCCAGAUUGUAGAGAGGAGGAGGGGAGUGCUGAAUCGCUGCUCGUCGUUUCUGUGGAUGCGCUUGUGUAUCUUUAUUUGUGUGUGAGCGUGUGUGUGUGUGUGAGUGUGAGUGUGUGUGGAUUUUUUUCCCUUCUUGUCAUCUCUUUGCAAUACUUGGAAAUAACCCGGACCAGCGCUGUUUACGCGCGGAGCUGCUCGCUCAUUUACUGCAAAGCCAUAAUAACAGAGCCAUGCAGAGCGCCGGGAGGAUGCACCUUUCUGCCCACUAAUCCGACUCACUGGGAGGACUGGUUUGGACUCGGAGCCAUCGAACCGACAAUCCAGAAAUGGCGCCGAUAUUGUUUCUGAUUAUCCUCUGCGCUCUCCCAGCGCUCGUUGUGCCCAUACAUAAUUCAUCAGCGGGAGGCUGUGCCAUCAUCCGGCCUCCGCGGGACGGAGGGAUCCGCUACCGAGGCCUGACUCAGGAGCAGAUCCGCAGCGUUCGGAUUCUGCCUGUGGAUUAUGAGAUCGAGUACAUCUGCAGAGAAAACCGGCAGAUCGCGGGGCCAAAGGUCAGGAAGUGUUUGCCCAACGGCACGUGGACGGACAUGACGCAGCUCAGCGUGUGCCUGCUGCAGUGCCCCAAGGUGUGGACGUCCCUGGAGAACGGCAGGGUGACGGCGCGGCCCCCGGGGCCCCCGGUGGAGGGGACAGUCCUCCACUACAGCUGCAACUCCGGCUUCACCCUGGAGGGCAGAAACAUCAGCCACUGCACCAAGCUGGGCAAAUGGGACGCCCCCAAACCCACCUGCCUCUAUGACAGAAACUACACAGGGAAGAAGAAGCUGUACAUCGGAGCGCUGUUCCCCAUGAGCGGCGGCUGGCCGGGCGGCCAGGCGUGUAUGCCGUCCGCUCAGAUGGCUCUGGACCUGGUGAACAACAGGAGCGACAUCCUGCCGGACUACGAGCUGGAGCUGAUCCACUACGACAGCAUGUGUGACCCGGGGGAGGCCACCAAGCUGCUGUACGACCUGCUCUACACCGAGCCCAUCAAGAUCGUCCUGAUGCCCGGCUGCAGCGGCGUCUCCACGCUGGUGGCCGAAGCCGCCCGCAUGUGGAACCUCAUCGUGGUGAGUUUUUCUGGGGUUCUGCGGCUCGUCCGGAAACAGACCCGCAGUCCAGGCAGGAGGGCUGGUUUUGUUUUCCCCGUCGGACUUACUUUUGUGUUUCAACCUGUCACCCCUCUGCGUGUCUCUCUGCCCCCCCCCCACCCCGUCCUUCCUUUCAUCUGCCAGACUCUGGAUGAUCUGGAGCAGAGGGUGAAGGAGGCAGGCAUCGAGAUCAGCGUUCGUCAGAGCUUCCUCACCGACCCGGCUGUCGCUGUCAAGAACCUCAAGCGCCAGGAUGCCAGGAUCAUUGUGGGGCUGUUUUAUGAAACCGAGGCCAGGAAGGUGUUCUGUGAGGUGUUCAAGGAGAAGCUGUACGGGAAGAAGCACGUCUGGUUUCUGAUUGGCUGGUACGCCGACAACUGGUUCAAGAUCAAAGACCCGGCCAUCAACUGCACAGUGGAGAACAUGACGGAGGCCGUGGAGGGACACGUUACCACGGAGAUCGUCAUGCUGAACCCCGAGACCGUCCGCGGCGUCUCCAACAUGACUUCACAGGAGUUUCUGGGAGCCUUGAUGUCUCGUCUUGGGGGGAAGAACCCCGAGGAGACGGGCGGCUUCCAGGAGGCGCCCCUCGCCUUCGACGCGGUGUGGGCCCUGGCGCUGGCCCUCAACAAGACGGUGGCCCCCCUGAAGGCCAAGGGCCGGCGGCUGGAGGACUUCAACUACAACAACCACGACAUCACCUCGGAGAUCUACAGAGCGCUCAACACCAGCUCCUUCGAAGGGGUUUCGGGUCACGUGGUGUUUGACGCUCAGGGUUCCAGGAUGGCAAUGACCCUCAUCGAACAACUGCAAGGAGGAAGUUAUAAGAAGAUUGGUUACUAUGACAGCUCCCAGAUGAACCUGAGCUGGUUCAACAACGACGUCUGGAUCGGCGGGAAGCCUCCGGCGGACCGGACCGUGGUUCUGGAGGAGUACCGCCUCUUGUCUCAGAAGCUGUUUGCGUCGGUGUCCGUCUUCGCCGGCCUCGGCAUCCUGCUCGGCAUCGUCUGCCUGACCUUCAACAUCUACAACGGCAACGUGCGCUACAUCCAGAACUCUCAGCCCUACCUGAACAACAUGACAGCGGUGGGCUGCAUGAUGGCGCUGGCUGCAGUGUUCCCGCUGGGGAUCGAUCGGCACCACGUCAACAGACCGCAGUUCCCCGUCGUCUGCCAGUUCCGCCUGUGGCUGCUCGGCCUCGGCUUCAGCCUGGCUUAUGGCAGCAUGUUCACCAAGAUCUGGUGGGUCCACACCCUGUUCACCAAGAAGGACGAGAAGAAGGAGAAGAAGAAGCAACCCUUGGAGCCGUGGAAACUCUACGCAACAGUUGGAGUGCUGCUGGCCAUCGACUUCCUGUCGCUCAUGAUCUGGCAGAUUGUGGAUCCUCUGCACAUCACGGUGGAGAAGUUCACCAGGGAGGCGCCUAAAGAAGACCUGGACGUCCUGAUCCAGCCUCUGCUGGAGCACUGCAGCUCUGAGAAGAUGAACACGUGGCUCGGCGUCGUUUAUGGCUACAAGGGUCUGCUGCUGCUCCUGGGCAUUUUUCUGGCUUAUGAGACGAAGUCUGUCUCCACGGAGAAGAUCAAUGACCAUCGAGCCGUGGGGAUGGCCAUCUACAACGUAGCUGUGCUGUGCCUGAUCACGGCGCCGGUGACGAUGAUCCUGUCUUCGCAGCAGGACGCCUCCUUCGCCUUCGCCUCGCUCGCCAUCGUCUUCUCUGCUUACAUCACUCUGGUGGUGCUCUUUGUGCCGAAGAUGCGGCGCCUCAUCACGCGCGGCGAGUGGCAGUCAGAGCAGCAGGACACGCUGAAGACCGGAUCGUCCACCAACAACAACGACGAGGAGAAGUCCAGGCAGCUGGAGCGGGAGAACCGGGAGCUGCAGAAGAUCAUCCAGGAGAAAGAAGAGAGGGUGUCUGCACUUCGCAACCAGCUGGCCGAGCGUCAGGCAAUACGCAACCGCCGCCAACCCACCUCAGGCCAGAAUCAGAACCACAACGCCCCACCGCCCGCGUCCCAGACCGAUCCCAAGUCGCUGCUUCCCCCUCCGGGAUACCCCAACCCCACCGUGGACAAUCACUCCCUGCCGCCAUCCUUCUCCAACUCGUCCAGCCUCUACCCGGCGGACAGCAAGAUGAGCCGCAACCACUGUCACAACAGCCAGAUCCCGCUGCUCUACAAGUAGGCGGUG